AUGAACGGCAUCCGGCUACUCACCAGCCUCCUCCUCCUCCCGACAGUCUUCCCCACUCCAGUGAUCUCCGAUGUCACCACCUCUGCCCAACCAGCGUGUGGAAACCUAGUGAUCAGCAGUCGGAUUGUUGGUGGCACAAAUGCAAAUGAAGGAGCAUGGCCAUGGCAGAUCAGUUUACGGUACCGUGGCUCCCACAGCUGCGGCGGAUCCUUGAUCUCCAACCAAUUGGUGCUCACCGCCGCACAUUGCUUUUCAACGUCUAAAAGUCCCUCUGACUACACAGUCGUUCUUGGCGAGUACCAGCUGGACACCCUCAGUCCUCACCAGGUUGAGUCUAAUGUAGAAAGUAUUAUUGUGAACUCAGAAUAUAAUGGAGCUGGCACCCCGGGGGACAUCACCCUGAUAAAGCUCUCCAAUCCUGUUACUUAUACGGAGUACAUUCUGCCAGUGUGUGUCCCAUCGGCAUCUAUGAGCUUCUUGGCUGGCACCAACUGCUGGGUUACUGGAUGGGGCAAUAUAGAAUCUGGUGUGACCCUUUCGUACCCACAGACUCUCCAGCAGGUCAUGGUUUCUAUUAUAAACAAUAGUGACUGUGAUGCUAUGUACCACAUUGACUCUGAAGUUAGUGCCAGCCAACAGAUCAUUCCCAGUGACCAGACCUGUGCAGGGUACCAAGAUGGAGGGAAAGACUCCUGCCAGGGUGACUCCGGGGGACCCCUGGUCUGUAAUGUCGACGGGGCUUGGUAUCUCGCUGGUAUUGUAAGUUGGGGAGAUGGAUGUGCCCUACCGAACCGUCCAGGCGUCUAUACCUACGUCCCUGAUUACUACAACUGGAUCAACACAAAUAAAGCCAUAAACGUUUCUUCAUCAUCAUUACUAUUAACCACCUGUGUACUGCUGCACGCAGGGCUGAGUAUACAGGCGGCGCUGCCCUAG